GGGAGGCGGAGGCGGAGGCAGAGCCGGGCGCUGAGACCGACCGACAGACCCGCGGGGCCGGGCCACGCAGAGCCGGCCCAGCGAGUGCCCCCCCUCCCCGCGACCCGAGCCAGGUCCGAGAGGCGGCCCCCGGCCUGGCCUGGGAGCCAGGAGCGCCCAGAGCAGAUCCCGAAUCAGGCUUCCCUCGGCCUCCGACGAGGGCUGGCCCUUUGGAAGGCGCCUUCUUCAACACAGGACCAGGCAGGCCACCAUGACCGAGAACUCCACGUCCACCCCGGCGGCCAAGCCCAAGCGGGCCAAGGCCUCCAAGAAGUCCACAGACCACCCCAAGUAUUCAGACAUGAUCGUGGCUGCCAUCCAGGCAGAGAAGAACCGCGCUGGCUCCUCGCGCCAGUCCAUCCAGAAGUACAUCAAGAGCCACUACAAGGUGGGUGAGAACGCCGACUCCCAGAUCAAGUUGUCCAUCAAGCGCUUGGUCACCACCGGGGUCCUCAAGCAGACCAAAGGGGUGGGUGCCUCGGGGUCUUUCCGCCUGGCCAAGAGCGACGAGCCCAAGAGGUCAGUGGCCUUCAAGAAGACGAAGAAGGAAGUCAAGAAGGUGGCCACGCCAAAGAAGACAGCCAAGCCCAAGAAGGCUGCCUCCAAAGCCCCAAGCAAGAAGCCCAAAGCCACCCCGGUCAAGAAGGCCAAGAAGAAGCCGGCUGCCACGCCCAAGAAAGCCAAAAAACCCAAGACUGUCAAAGCCAAACCAGUCAAGGCAUCCAAGCCUAAGAAGGCCAAACCAGUGAAGCCCAAAGCGAAGUCCAGUGCCAAGAGGGCCGGCAAGAAGAAGUGACAAUGAGGCUUUUCUUGUGGACACUCCUGCCUGUCUCCUGUUUUCUGUAAAUACUUUUUUCUUCUCACUUGAUCCUCAUCUGCAACCCUUUGCCCCUUCCUCGUCUGACUUUAUAAAGAGACAGAAUUUGGAUUCCUCAGAAAUUAGGGAAUAAUUCAUUUCUCUUGAAGCAGUCAUGCAAGGACAGCAACGACAAAUCUCUGUAAUGAUGUACUUCUAUUUUGUUUUGUUAAUUUGUCAUUAAUCUACUUAUGGUUUGGGGGAUUUGGGUGGGUUUGUGUGUUUUGUUCAGUUGGAUGGUUGAUUCAUUCGGAAGGUAAAAGUCGGGGGAGAAUGGGGCAAGGUAGCUUGUUGUGGCAAGAUGACAGGGAGCCCAGCCUUGGUAAGGUUUUAAGUUGAACACUCCUCGUGAGUUUCAGAACGUUAGCGGAGAGGAGAGAGGUGGCAUCAGUGGGACGGCAAAGGAGGGAGCAGGGGGGAAAAAAAACAAAAAACCUGUCUGGGCCGAUUUGCAUCUCCCAGUGGUGAGCAGUGGGGCAUCCACAUCCAGUUUCCUUCUCACUUCUGUUCCUUUGCCCCUGUAGCCUCCCUAUUGUCCUAGGCAAGGGGAGGAGGUCAAAAUGACAGCUGGUCCUAGAAAUUGUGGCUUCUCAGAAUCAGCUGGAGACUAGCUAUUGGGGGACCUCUGUGGCUUCCGAAGGUCUCCUGUGAAACAGCAGUGGAAGCUUUGGGGGAAGGGUGGGGAGUGGGUCAGCCAAGUGCCUCAGUGUGCCCUGUUAAAACUUGGUUUUUUUCCACACCAUCGGAUUGCAUCCUAGGAGGACCUUUUUUCCUUUUCGCCUGAUGUUUGGUUCCUCCUGUACAAGAGGUGGCUUUGCCAGGUGGUCGGGCAGGGCUCCAGCCCUGCCACCCGCCACCUAAAAACCUCCUGACCUCUUUA